AUGGCGGGCUUUAUCCAUUUGCUUCUUCUUCUUCUUGACAAUCUCAACUCAGGGUUUCCAUUUUUAUGAGCAAUCCUUUUCUUCCCGGUGACGAACUCGUUGUAACCCAGAGGCCGACUAGGGGUUCUCCGAAACGGGAUCUCCUCCGUUUCUCUUGUUGAUCUCCCAGCUCGCCUGCUUUUCCUCUAAUGAGCUCGCUCCAGCCCAGAACCCCACCAUCUCUGCUUCCUUUAUGCGGAGAUCAUCUCUGGUUCCGUUCUUUUCCCGGCCUUUAUUUAUUUUCCAUUUUGCCUGACAGCAGGGAAGGGCCGACGGCGGCGGCACCGGCGGAGGAGGGUGGCUAUCGGUCCCGGCUUUCGGGGACUGGGACCAGAAGCAAGACGGGGUGCCGGACUACUCCAUUGACUUCUCCAAGAUCCGGGAGAUGCGCAAGCAGAACAAGAAGGACCUCUCCCGCCUCUCUGUCGGCAACGACGACGAGCUCAUCAACCCCACCGCCGCCGCCGUCGGGGCGAACCACCACGUCGUCGGCGGCGCCUCCCGCCCGCCGCCCGUACCCGGCGCCGUCGCCCGCCUCCCUCGCCCUCACCACCACCGCUCCCCCAGCGGCUCCCCCACCGUAAGCUACUCUCACUUCGGUCAUCUCUGUCUCUCUGUGUCUCUGUCUCUGUCUCUGUCUCUCUCUCUCUCUCUGCCUGCCGCCGCGCCGCCGCCGCCGCCGCCGCAGCACGCGGUUCCGCCACCCUGUAGGUUUAGGUAUAAGGUCACCGUUGUGAGCAUACGCAAUCGUUCACCGAACUAUCACCUAGGAGAACGGCACUCUUAACAUACAUAGAUAGCCCCUCGGGAAUCUUUUUCUUGUAGGUUUCUUAUCUAUCACCUCUCAUGAAUCCGACACUUGCGUAAAAACGUUGGCAUUAUUAGUAUACGCAAAAACCCCUCGGAAUUGGCCAUCUUUUCAGAUGAACUGAAUUUCGAUGGGUUCGUAGGGAAGAAGGUUUGGGAGGAAGCACUCUGAGGGUCGGUUGAUUCCACGUCGGACGUGGACAGGUCAGCACCAGUUGGCGGGCAGGGUGUGGUCGUGGGCCACCGCAGCUGGCCGCCAAACCAUUCAAUGGGCUGGCGGCCAGUUUGGGCCCAUUAUGGCACUGUCAACAUCUGAGUGGCGGCCCAUUAUCUUGUCCUUUCCCAGAGGGCGACGGAUGCGUGAAGCAGGGACAGACCAGUUUGGCCUCGUAGUCCGGGUAUAAUUAGAAGGGUCUUCGGAGAGGAGGGACCUGAGAGAAAAAUGGGAUUACUACACCCUUGGCUGGCCUUGCGAGUCAUUAAUGUGCGAACCCAGGGAAUAGUUUAUAUCUACAAAAACAAUCGCAAAACAUGCAUAUUUGCGAAGAUGCCCUUAAUGCUGCCACCCUGUUUCUCAGUCUGCUCUUGAAGCCGCGGUUUUUCGUUUUUUUAAUGUUUUUGGCUCGGAUUUUUGAGGUGGGUUUGUGUGAAGAAGGUUCCCCUCAGUGUUCAGAGUAUUCGCGACCUCUCUCUCUCAUCUCUCUCUUAUCUCUCUCUCUCUCUCUCUCACUCACUCUCUGUUUCUACCUCUUCUGUAGAAAAAGGAGAAGAUCAUGAGAUACCUCAACUGCUGCGUGUCUGCGUGA